UUGCUUCAGUUGGCUGGUUCAUCGUGCAAAGAUUGGAGUCCAUUUGGCAAGCGUGGAUGCGAAGCUGGACCCUCCGCUCCUGCCUUUAUGGUUUUGAUGAAGAUGGUGAAGAAAUCCCAGCCACAUGUUUUCGUCCACGAAAAUGUUUGUGGCUUUCCGCCACAGGAAUUGGAACGCGCACUAGGGAAAGACUAUUUUGUGCAUUCCUUCACGCUGUCGCCUCAAAUGUUCAAUUAUCCAGUGUCGCGCAAAAGACUUUACAGUCUGUGCAUCUGCCAGGAGCUUGUGUUGGUGGCUGCAAUCACCGACUUUCUGAAGACUGUUGACCUUCUUUGCCGAGAUCCAGCUCCAAGUGUUGGAGAUUUCUUGCUUUCAGAAAAGAACCCAGAUUUUGAAAAUGUUCUGACUGCCUCCAACAAGAAGUUUCUGAAGGGAUACGAAUCUGAGUUCGGGGAACGUGGAAUCACUGUAGCUGAUCUCCAACAAAACCCCAAAAAGAGACCGAGAUGGGGGUCUUGUGUCAUGCCAACGCUGACCACUGGCUGCUCGAAAAUGGUGCACAUCCCAUCUCAGCGCUUGUUCAGCGGGCUUGAUUUGGCUGCCUGCCAUGGAAUGCCAGUCACACAGAGUGUGGCCACUAUCUUGGGAACUUCGCAGCUGAAUGUUGGUAGUAUUUCCAACUCCGCGCUUUGCUCUUGUGUUGGCAACAGCAUGCACUUGAGCUGCAUCGGGGCCGCUGUCACAGCCGCAAUUUUAUUCACCGCGCCGCCCCCAAAGAUUGAAGGAUGAAUUGACGCGUAAAUAGCACUUGAUCAUUUUGAUCUGAAUGGUUCCAAAAGGUCCCUGGUAGAAUUGAAUCGCCCAAAGGGUCAGACAUAAAACCAACUCUGCAGAAAUCUCUGCGUGACAAA